AUUCUGAGCUGUCGUAAGCACUACUGGUAAGGAGGUUGUAGGCAUUACUAGUAUACAAUACGAAGUCCAUAAUUAAAGGGAAUUUUUCGAACAAAACCCCUUAAUUUUACUCCUAGCCGUCAGGACUUCACGUAAGAUAUACCUAUUGGAUACCGGUAUGGCAUAAGUAUGGUCCCCCUUACUUAUGCCUUACCACUAGGGCAUAUGUAUAGAACACAUGUAAUGUAUAGUUAUAUCUCAGUUAAUUAAGGCAUAUGAGUAUGCCUUACAUAGGCCCUACAUAUUAUGGCUUACAUAGGUCAUAAUUAACCCUUACUUUGUUAUAAAGUAAGGCUCACGUGUAGCUCAUGAUAGUCUUACGUAAGGUAUUCUUGUAAGUUUUAUGUAUCCUAUACUUGUAAUGUGUAAGUCAAUAUUACAAAAAAAAAAUAAAAAAGACAACUUUCGUCCUUUUUUUAGUGGUAAUACCACCCACCAACCACCUCGCACCUCUCUACUAUUAUUGUAAAGAACUCUAACUACCAAUCUAACACAUUUUUAGUUGGAGAAAGACUCUUCCUUACCUUGCCGCUGAUGAGAUUCGAACCUGCUAUAUUCCGUAUACGAGUCCACUGCCUUAACCACUGAGCCAAUUCCCAUAUGAGAUCUACUUCGCAAAGUUUCCUCAUAAGGUGCGUCUCAUGAGUGAAAUGUAUGGCAUACGUAAGCAGUUUUUAAUGAUUUUACGAUUUCAAAAUUCCAUUUCUUGAUACCCUUUCUAUUUCUUUACAUAUGUCAUACAAAGCAAUAAGCUUAUGAAAACCAUUUUGCACUACUUUAACAGAUCUGCCAAGGGAUCAAUCGUUAAAGCAGUAAACUUGCAUGAAUAUAGUUAUGGUUGCACGUUCUGCAGGUUCGACAGAGUCUUUAAAAGAAAUCUAAGUAACAACUUUUUUCCUAAGAAAAGCUAUAGUAUUGUUUUUACUUUAACAGUUCAAAAAUUGAUUAAAAAUACAUUCAUACAAUGAAAAUACAUUUCAAGUAUCGUACUAUUGUUCUACAAUAUGGUGACGUCUGUGUAUAGAACAUGUAAAAUGGCUUAGGUUUAUACCUUACGUAGUCAAUACAAGAAACACUAUACUAUGACAUACAGAUGAAGUUGUUUCAGAUAGUCCUUACAUAUUACCUUCCUGUAUGCAAUACUUAUUCUCUACAUAGUACACCUUCCAAAAAGAUAUGUUUCAUUUUUUAUCACAAUUAUGUAUUAAAAACUUCGAUACAAUGUUAAUAAUACUUUAAUUCACUCUGGACAAACUUCAUGUUUAGUGAAAAUAAUUUUGAAUAUAUGAACCGCCAGUGUUUGGCAGCUGUCACCCGGAUAUCGAAGUGCUGGAUAUCGAAGAGUCUACUGUAUGUAAAUUUGCUCUAGAGGUGAACAAAAAAUUAUUGAAUUCUCGAUAAUUUGUAUAACAUUUUGCCCUAAAUGCCCAAUUGAGAGAGAGUCUUCAUUUCAAAUUUAACUUUUGCAAAAUUGGUCAUUUCUCAGCCAUCGAAAUGGAUUUACAAUGUAAUAGUCUUUAAAUUUGAUAUACAUAUUUUAUGUGAAUUUGUUACUUAGGCCUUUUUCCAGUUUUUAGUUCAUACGAAUAUUAUAUUGAACAUUAACUGGUAUGUAAACAUUGUUUAUAACAGAUGUAUUUUUUAUUUAUUGCAUUCAAAAGCAAUACAAGUACAGCAUAAUUGCACAUUACAAGAAAUGUAGUAGUACAAUAUAGUCUACAAGAUGUUGGUAUACCCUUCGCUUAUUCAUUUUGUUUAGACUUCUUGAAGUCACUUCGUAUGAAUGCCCUACUUAAUGUCCAUGUAUGGUCUAUGUAAUCGUAAAUUGAAGUCAUUUCUACUUUUUGGCUACAAAAUGAUUACAUAUAUGGAAUACAUGCUGCUUACAUGUAAUGACUUAUAUGAAGUCACUACAUGUAUUCCUUAUAAAAACCUUACAUAUUACUCUAAAGUAAUUACUUACAUGAAUGAUGUAAGUAAUGUUUACAUUUUACCUCUACAAGUUCCUUUAAAACACAUUACUUGUAAUGAAUGCUCUAGAUAGUGCUUACAUGUAAGGUCAGAAUUUUUAUAGGGUAAACUGAUUUAUUGAUCAACAUAGAUUUUAGUACAAGAUGUAUGAAACUAAUCUUUUGGAAAAAUUCAUCUAAUGAAGUCACAGUUCCACAUUCCUCUAAUACCGGGUAUUACCACAAUUAUCAUCUCUUGCUCAGCAAAUUCUCAAUGUCCAUUUCCUAUUAGGAAGAAAAAGAUGUGGAGAAUGGGUUCAUUCUUUGCUAUUUCUUUUGAGAAAGUAGUAAUUUUAUUAGCAACUCAUACAUUGUAGUGUUCCAAAUGGUUCAAAAUCGUCACUACAAAUUUUUCUCCAGUGUCUUUUAAUUUUUUUUCUUUUGGUUCGGUAUGUGCACUUAUGUAUAUAUGUAUGUGUAAUUGGGGAGGAGGGGAUUUAUGUUGAAUGUGGUUGUUUGGGGAAUUGCGGUGUUUGAAAAUGGGGGGAAACUGUUACGUUGAUUGUAAGUUAACGCAUGCGCUCCAUUCAGUCUCUCUCAUCUCAAACAGCAGGGAGUAUUGGCUUGAGGCAUUUCAGCAAUCAGAAUGGAAAUUUUAUUUAGUUCUCUACUUGUUCGUGUAAAAGAAGAAUAAGGAACGAAAAAAAAGCAAGGAAAAGACGGAGUAAAUUGGUAUUUAAGAAGGGAAAAAAAAAGAGAUAUUGGAGCAGUACAACUGCAGCUCCUAGAACAGCAUACCCUGGGGCUCCACCACCAACUGCUGCCCUAAAAGGGGGUCAGAGACCUGCCAUGACUAGUCCGGCUGGCGGAAUUGCAGGGACUCCGUACCGAGGAGCUAGUUGGACGGCGCAGGGAUAUGCCCCUGCCCAGCAAGCAUACAGAUAUUCAGCCCCACUUCCGCAGCCCGCAUAUGCAGCAUAUACACCACACACAACCACGUACGGACAGCGAGUUCCGACAGCUGCAUCGCCUAGUAAUACCAACUCAAGCAGCUCAUCCAACACAGGAUCCCAAAGUGGAACUUUAAGUACUAGUCUGAGUAAUACGAACACGAACAACACAAUGGGUCCCAAUGGCACGCCGCAAGUGCAGGAACAAUUGUCCAAGACUAAUUUGUACAUUCGUGGACUUCAGCAGGGCACUACUGAUAAAGAUUUGAUUAGCAUGUGUCAACAGUAUGGAACGAUAAUCUCAACAAAAGCUAUUCUUGACAAAACAACAAACAAGUGUAAAGGAUAUGGGUUUGUUGAUUUUGAGUCACCGGCUUGUGCCGAGGGAGCCGUGAAAGGGCUCCAAGCAAAGGGCAUCCAAGCUCAGAUGGCCAAAGUGGGUAUCUGGGUGCUACAUAGGCCGGCCAUUCAACAAGAGCAAGACCCAACAAACUUGUAUAUUGCUAAUCUACCACCAACUUACAAAGAGACAGACUUGGAAAAUUUACUGUCAAAAUAUGGACAAGUAGUAUCUACGAGAAUUCUUCGUGAUCAACAGGGCCAGUCCAAAGGUGUAGGCUUUGCACGAAUGGACUCACGCGAAAAGUGUGAAUCGAUUAUACAAAUUUUCAACGGUACACAACUUCAAGGUGCCAAAGAUCCGCUUCUUGUUAAAUUUGCCGAUGGUGGCUCAAAGAAGAAGAAUGCAUACAAAAGUCCCGAUCCAAAUGCACGUACAUGGAGGGAUGUUACUGAGAGAAUUUACUCGUCCAGUCAACGUGCUUUUCAAGAGGCCUACAACAUGUUUGCCGUUCAGCCUCAGCCUUGCUUGCACCAGGAAGUUCGUGACACCUAUACCCCCUAUAAGGGAAUUCCAGUGGCUUACGAUCCAGCUCUGCCUCAGAAUGGUGUUAGUGUAAAUGUUGGAACGACUAUUGGGGUGCCGUAUACGCGCUUUGGGACACCCCAGGUGGGUGGAUAUGCCCUACCCGGCUCCCAAUGGGUUCCAAGCUACAUGAUGGCCCAACCAAUGGCACCGGUGGAUGAUCAACAGUACAUGCAGAUGACGGCGGCUCCGCAUUUGGGAGUGAGUCCGGCUUAUAAGCCCGAUGGUGUCACUCCAGUGCAGCCCCGUGGGAUCUCGAUGGUGAUGAGCAGUGAUGCCGCUGGCGUACCCUACGGUGCCAUGAUGCCCCAACUCGCCACCCUUCAGAUCGGAUCUUCGUACAUUAAUCCGCCGUACCCAUACUAUCCACCAACAAUUAUACCCACAAUGCCAAUACCAGAUUCCGAACAAGCGAGUACUGCUGCAUCCCCAGAUGAAGCAUAUACUCAAUAUCCUCAUCCGGCUGCGCCUAAGUAGAUGAUGAAAAGCUUUUGCAUUCGAAUACCUCAAAUUUAAUUCAUCCAUUUGAGAUGAUUAUAUAAUUUGAUGAUAAUUUUUGGGCACGACAAUUUCCUUAUUUUAGGAUCACAGUUUGCAAAAAAGAAAAAAAAACUGAUGAUAUGUUGUGUGUAAGAUCAUUGAAAUGUGGAAUUUGUAAUUAUUGAUGAAAAGGAAAGAUAAAAGGAAGAAUAGAGAUGAUAAAAAAAAUUGCACAGAUGAGAAUGAGACCAUAUUUGAAAUAUGGUAAAGAAGAAAAAAUAAAGAUUAUAUCCCUAAAACAUGAUGAUCUUGAUUAGAUUUUCAAAGAAAGGAAAAAAAUAGAAGAUAAAAAGAAAAUGAAGGAGAAACAUUCUGAUGAUGCAGUUUGUAACUUGUCUCAUUUUUCAUUGGUCUUUUCUUUAGAUUUUUUUAAAAUUUUUUUUUUAUAGUUUUGUAAAGUCGAAGAAGUGUUUUGUGUCUGAAGGAUGUAUUUCAGAUGAAUUUGUGAUGUUUUCUAUUGAUUUUUAUUUUAAUUGUAUCUGUAUUUGGAUAUUAGGAAAUAUAAAAGUAAAUUAUAGAAUUUUUUGCAAAUUCAAAAAUUGUUGGAACCAAAGUUUUAAAGAAGAUUGUUUGAGAGGAAGAGGGGAAAAAAGAAUAAAAUUCAAUAGAAAAAGCACAAUUUUAUCGAAAUACAAGAAUGCUUCGUGUGAUUAGAUUAAAUCUAGUUAAUUUAUUCAAUAGACUUUUUAAUUUUUUUUUUUAAUUAAAUAGGAUUUGAAUUUUAAUGAUAAAUUUAUGGCGCUACUGUGGAAAAUAUUCUCUCAAAGAACUUUUUGUCUUAAAAUGUUUUUGGGAAAUUGAAUGGGUCAAAAUUUUUAUUUGCUGUAAAUAGUUUUAUAAUUUAUCAAAGGAAGCAAAAUUUUUCAGCACUGAAAAAGAAGAAAAAUAUUUAUAGAAAUAUUUUUUCCGUAUUUUGUGGGAUUGUUUGAAGGGGGAAAAACAAUUGGGAUACGUGCAAUUUUACACAAAAAAAAAAUAACAACAUGAAAAAUUUACUACAAAUUUUUAAAGACUUUUUUGCAAAGAGGAACCUAAAAAAGUUUUUUUUUUUUUUUUUGAAAUUGCAGAUAAUAAAGAUUUGAGGUUAUCUCUCGCUUUUCACGUGUUACCACAGCUUUUUUUUUGAGUAGGAUAAUAAAUUAUUUUCCUUAAAUAGUAGAAGAAGAAUUAAAAAAAAAAAGAUGUUUUAGGGUGAAAGAAUAAAAUCGGACAAGAAUGAAUGAAGAGAAAGAAAUUGAAGAAAUUUUUGGGAAAGACAAGGAAUUGACUUUAUUAAAAGAAAAAUUGAGCAGUGAUCAAUUGAAGUCAUAACUUUUCACUUUCCUAAAUGCGAAAACACAUUUUUUUGUUGUUGAAAAACUUUCGAAUGCAAUUUAAAAAUAAUUUAAAACAUAAAUAACAAUAUGAUUUAUUGUAGGCUUUUAAGGGUGCCAUAAAGUCUCGAUGUGUUUUUUUAUUGAAUAUAUUUUUAUGUGUUGUUGUUUAUGAUUGUUUUUUUUAUUUUCCAAUUUUUUUUGUAAAAGAAUUUGUGAUUUUUUUUAUGUUAUUUAAAUAUUUAAAUUACUGCAGAUAUAUUUAUUUUUUACCCUCACAAUCUCCUUUUUUUAUUUUUCAAAUUGCAUUAUUUAUUAGGGGAAAAGUUUAUAUUCAAACUUGUCAAAUUUAUUGGUCAUUGCUCAAUUUUUUUUGGAAAAAAAGAAAUAUUUUUAACUCUUUUUUGAGGACUAAUUAAAAUGCUAUGUGCGCCAAGCGUUUAUCAUAAAAGAACAUUAAAAUCAAUGAUAUCAGAUUUGACGUGAAAAUAAAAAUAAUUUCAUGAAUAAAACAAAAAGAUACAAAAAAUAGAAAAAUCUGAGAGAGAAAAAUGCAAAAGAAUGAUAAUUAAUCUAGUCUUGAAUUUCACAAUAACUGAAAGGAUUAAAAAAAGAAUGAGAAUGUGCAGGAUAGAAGAAAAACAAUCUAUAGGGCACCCCAAGAAAUAUUUAUGAUUUUUUUUAAGGUUGAAAAUAAAAAAAAAAUUAACACAUUGUAGGCAAAAUAAAACCUUUUUUGACAACGCAUUGAAGAGGAGCUUUUCGUAAAUGAUAGAAAACAGAAGCGAAAAUUUUUAUUUGAUAUUUUCUCGAUGAGAAAAAAAGAAAUAUUUAAAAAAAACAUAUAUUAUACUAGAAAGAUUCUGAGAUCAGAUAAAAAAAAUGAAAGAUUGAAAAAGAAAAAAAACUAAAAGGUUAACUCAGAAAUAAAACCGUUCGAUAUAUAGUCUCCCUCAAUUUCACAAGAAAAAUUUUAAAAAAGAAAAAAAUCCAUUAGCUAAAAUACAAAACAAAAAAAACUAAGAAAGGAAUCUUCCAAGGAAAAAAAAAUUAUGUAGGUAAAAAAGCAAAUUUUUAAUCAACUUUUGAAGGCCACUGUGCCUAAGUAAGACAAAAACAAACAAAAAAAAAAUAACGAAUAUUUUGUAAAAGAAGAAAAACGACAAUUCAUAUAUGCGUACAUGAAAAAAAAAGAACCCAUAACAUGAGAGUUCUCUAAAUUUCCCAUUUUUCACCAAAAAAAUAGACAAAAAAAAGAAUGAAGAGUAUCAAUAGGAAAAAAAUAUAUAUAAAGAAAACCACUUUCUGUAACUUAUUUUUUAGAAUGUGGAGCGUGCUUAAUUUUUUUCAAAACCAAAAAUUAUGACAAUAUGUUGGAGAAAUGAUUUUUUUAUCACUUCUUUGAAUUUUUCUUUUGUCUUCUCCAUUGAAAGAAAAAAAAAUUACUGAAUAUCUCAUGCAAAAGAGAAAUAUCUCUAAAUCCCUCUCAGGAACUGUAUUGAAAAAUUAGCUCCUAUUGGACUAUAUUUUUUUAAGAGUUCCUAGAUGCAAAAAAAACAAGAGCUGUGAAAGAAUAAUUUCUCCAUGAGACAUUCCGUAUUUUUAUAGUAAGAUAUUUCACUUUUUUUUAUUCAUAGCAAAAAUAUUAUGUUAAUUAUUCAAUAUUUAUAUUUAAAAAAAAAAUAUAGCACAAAAUUUGACAAUGAAUGAAAGACGUGAAUGAAAAAAACAUAUCUUCCAACCUAUUUUCAUAAUUGGAUACCUAGAAAAAACCAUCAACUAAUUUAUUAUAAUGGAAACGAUAAGUGGAAUUUUGUAAAAUAAUCAUUUUCCUAAAGACUGCGGUUAAAAAAAGGGGAGAACACAUUAACAUUGAACUUGUGUCGUUAUGUGACAGGGUUAUAUGACAAUUUUGACACCUAAAGAAACUUUAAAAAAAUAGAGGUAAAAUGAACCUAAAUGGCGAUCAAGUAGCUCUAAGAUUGAACCGUGAGCGGUGAUCGGCAAAUAAUGUGCCGAUCUGAAUCUCAAAAUCGGCAGAUCGGCACUACUUUGCUAAGAAAUCGGCAGAUCGGCAUGAUAUCGGCAAAUUGACACGAGAUUGACAGAUCGGAAGCAUUUUUGGAAAAAAAUAUAGACAGAUCAGCGGCCUUUUUAUUUACCCCUUGAGAUUUUCAAUUCCCUGUCACAAAAACCGAAAUUGUACUUGAUGUACCGAAAAUACUGAAAUAUUACUAUUUGUCCUGAAGCAUAGAGCUAGCAGUCAGACUAAAAGUACAAGUCAAAAGAUGGAGCUCGUAAGAUUUUCGGCUUUUUUAAAUCGGCUCUUAAAAUUCGGCUCUUAAAAUUCGGCUCUUUUAAAAUCGGGCUACUUUUAAUUCGGACGGUAGUUAAAUUCAAAAAAAAGUUUGUUAACAUUUUUCAAGUUUGAUUAUGAUUAUCAAAUGAAGCAAAUAUACUCAAAUUUGCCAUGGUUUAUCUUAGUUCUGAUGUGUUUUUGCAAUAUUAAGGAGUUUUCAUGAAUUUUACCAUAAAUAUGAGUAUGUAAACUCAUUAUGUGUAUGCAGAUGAACAAAAAAUCGUUGCAAUUCAAAAAGUUUGUUGCCCGAAUUUCUCUCCAAUUCGAGUGACAUUUCGGUCCCAAAUGCCCGAACUUGAGAGAGUUUAUUGUAUAUAGGCCUGAUUAAGUCCGACAGCCAAACCGUAAAAAGAGUGAAAAUAAAAAAAAAUCGUACUAAACUUACGAACUUUUGAAUGACUCGUUAAUUCAAAGUUUAUUACGUUUCAUCUCUACGAUUAGAAAAAUAGGCAAUUUGAAAUUGAAGAACUUCAGAUUAUCAAUCAGCAAUCGGAGAUCGAUUUAAAGAUCCAAAGUUAAAGACUGAUCUUAGAAAUGACGGGAAAAUUUUGAAAGUUAAAGGUUUCCUGACUAAGGAUCGAUACAGGUUAAUAAAUCAAUGUUAAAGAGUCUUUAAACGAAAUCAUUUCGAAAUAUGGCCCACUCUGCUAAGAUUCGAUGAGUCUCAAGUAUCUCACAGUGAUUUUAUUUCAGAGGUGAAAUCUUUCUACGAUUUGCCAUAAUCCCCUCAUGUGUGUCUCGGCUAAAAUUGAAAAUCAGACAAAUUGUACAAGAAAAUUAUUAAAUUCUAAAUUAAUAGACUUGGAGAACUUUUCUAGAAGGAAAAGAUAAUUAAGUACCCGUAUGACAAAAGGAUUUUGUGUAAAAGUCCCUAACGUAAAACAUCUUAGGUACAAAAUUUUUUUUAAUUUUAAAUUAUUUUCUUGGAAAUUGGACUUUUUUCUCCUAUUUUUAAUUAUAAUUGAACGUUAUAAUUGUGGAGGUCAGAGCGAAAAUGGCACAUAUCCUAUGUUUAGGAUAUGUGCCAUUUUUGUUCUGAGCUCCACAAUUAUGUAACUUAUCUUCGAAGGUGGGUUUCUGAGCUAAAUUAUUAUCAUAAUAAGGUCCAAUUUCAUUUAAAAAUAAUAGGGAAAUGUAGGCAUGGUCCGCACAUAGUGAACCUUCAAACAACGCUAAUUUUCUCUUUGUGUGCAAAGAGCUAGUUCUUAAUUUCAUAGCCAUAAGAUAGAUAAUUAUUAAUCUUAUGAGUUGAGAUGAGAAAUGACGAACUACCUCUUUGCAAACAAAGAAAAUUCGCAUCGUUUGAAGGUUCACACUGUGCGAACCAUGCCAACAUUCCCCUAGAGAAAACCUAAUUUCAAAACUGAUCCAAUUCAAAGAUGCCCCCUGUCUACGUACAGAUUUUUGUAAAAUAUUUCCAAUAUAACAUUUUUCUCGUUGAGGAUUAGCAGAGGUAAAGCUCAAUGAUGGAUUUUAAUUUUUAAAUAAUGAUUUCAAAUCAGAAUAUAUUUGAUUAAAUGGGUCUUCGUUUCUGAUUUAGUAUAACUGUACGAAAUUUCGGCCAGCUUACAAUAUCGACCACCUCUUUUAUUCGUCAAUUUUCCAUGAAUUUUUAAUUUUUGCAUACUGUAGAGAUUAUGCAAAGCAAAAGAAAAAAUACAAACGAAUGAAAUUAUGUGAAAAAGAUUUUGAAAGAAUUCCAGAAGGACAAGGAACAAUGAGAAUUAAAGUGUCCGAAAUAUUACCCAGAACAAUGUCUACAUUUUUAUUUAUUUUAAAAUAUAUUAAGAAUGAGUUUAGACAAUAAACUAUCGAUAAGGUUCCAAACAACACUCCUUUAAAUAUCCUGAAUAAUAUGGAUUUUAUUUUUCUGAUUAUUCUAUAUUAACUUUAUUUUGAUGAAAAUAUUUCACAAUGUUAUGGGGACUUUAUGUCAAUAUGUUUGUAGAAUACUUUAAGGUUUUACUUUAUUUUUUUCUUUCACCGUUUUAGAACACGAAAUAUUCUCACGAAAUUAUUCUAAAAAUUUGAAAUUCGAAAAAUAAAGUUUGUUAACGUCGCAGUUCAAUGAUUCAUUUUACAAAAUUCCACCAAUUGAUUUCUGUCUUUUUUUUCUAAAUGAACAUUCCAUUUUUAUCAUGUGACUUUCAAUGCACAUUUUUUCUAGAGAGACACUUUUUUGUCCAUCCAAAAGAUUUUUUUUUAAAAAACAUAAAAUUUGAACAAAUUUAUUGAGACUCUUUUGAAAUGAAUUUUACUUUUUUCCUCACAAAAUAAUAAAAAGAAAAGAUAAAUUUUAACAUAUGUAGAAUAUUCUUAAUUUUAGACUCAAAAUAUAUACAACACAUUUUUGUAGAAUUGUGCCUUUUCACAAUUGAAAAGAUAUAAGACAAAAAAAAUACGGUAAAGAUGGUAAAAAAAAAUAAUUAUUUUUUAGGAGGGAAAUUUUAUCAAAAAUAAACUCAAUUCCGACACUUCAACUGAAAAAUAAUGAAAAAAAACAUACACAGAAAGAAGAAUCACUGAAGGUAUAAAUGGUUAAAAGAAAAAAAAAAUAGAGAAAAAUUGCACAACUUGGCUAUUUUUCGCAUUUCUUUCUUUUGUUAACAUUCAGUAUAAAGAUGGGAAAUUCUAUCUAGCAAAUACUAAACCUUAAGUGACGGAAGGGUUAAAUUAUUUACAAAAGAACUUUACCAUAAUGGGGGAAAAAGUUGAAAACAUAAGAAUUAAAAGCACUGUAGAGCGAUGUAAAGUUAAAAAAAACUGCGGUUUCAAACCUUCAUUGAGGAGAAAAUAAAUUUGAAAAGAAAAAUAAUUUUGUCUUGCGGGAAACUACAAUAUUUUCUUGAUAUAUUUGGCACCUUUUUUCCACACAGUUUAUUUUUGCCAUCAAAUGCAAAGGUGCCAAAAACAGUGUAGACAAUGCAAUCGGACAGUUUAUACAGAUAAGAAAAAUCGAAAUUUUUGGUUUGUUUAUUUUUGAAUGAUUAAGAAUGAAGAAAUUUUUUAUACGACUGUUUUUACAAGAAAUUAGAAGAAAGAAAAUCAACUGAAAAAAUGGUUAAAAUCGUUAGAGAAAAUUUUGAAAUGGGGUUUAUUUGGAUCAUUGAUUUGAUAGAUUACGGUUAGUUAUAUCGGCCAUUUGACGUUACAGGGGUAUAACUUCUCUAGAGAAAUUUAUUGUAAGUUGAUCAAUUUUAAAAUUCCUCUACCUCUUUUUUUCUGUAAAGAAAAAGCGAUAAAAAUAAGGAAAAUGAUAGUAAAGCUGUGUCAUCCACAAUGAACUUCCGGAUAGAGUUAUGCCCCUGUAAUAUUGAAUGGACGAAAUAGCCAGUAAAUGCCACAAAGAACAGUUAGGGUAAGUGUGCCAAAUUCCGGCCAACUUGCAAUUCCGGCCACCUUUUUUGUUCCUCGAAUUUUCAUGAAUUUUUAGUUUUUACAUACUCCAGAGAUUAUACAAUGCAAAAGAAUAACAAAAAAUGUAGCUUCGACAAACGAGAAGACGUGAAAAAGACAUUUGAAGAAUUCCCGAAGGGCAAGAAACUAUGAGAAUGAAGGUGGUCGAAAUAGGACACCAAAGUUAUGUCUACAUUUUAAGAAUGAUUUAAGAAUGAUUUUGGAGUAAAUAAAGACGAUAAACUGUCUACAAGGUUCUAAGCAACAAUCCUUAACUAGAAGGAAUGAAAAAAAAUUAAUUUCUAUUAAAGAUAUUAUAUUUCAAACUUGAGACUGGCGCUUGCAUGCAACUAUGCCGAAAUUUGGCACACUUACCCUACAGAAGAAAAAUAUUAGAAAUGAACAUUUCACAUCGCAAUGAAGGCUAAAUUCUGCUCCAAAAGGUAAUUUUUCUGCAGAAAUUUGUAAAUUCAAUUGAAAAUUUGUUGACUCUGACUUUUUUAAUUUCUAAUGGGUCCGGCAGACUUCAAAUCAAAAUUUACAUAACUUCUAACACGUUUUUCAUAUGUCUAUCUCAUUCUUUCGCAUUCCAAAUUCGAUUGAGCUAAAUUCAAUUUGUUGUGAUGUUUAAAAGAAGAAGAAGAGUAUGAAAGAAUGAAAUAGACAUGUGCAAAAUGCAUGAGAAUGAAAGAGAGAUUCCAAUUUGGACUUCAUAAAAUUUUCGUGAUCUAAAAGGAACCAGGGUACUUAAGUGUACCAGAGCAAUAAUAAUUCCUUUCUUAUUGCUCCAACACAACUUUUAGAUCACGAAAAUUUCAUGAAGACGAAAUUCGAAUCUGUGUUUUUAGGCACUUAGCAUACAUCUAUCUCAUUCUUUCAUACACUCCUUAUUUUAAACAUCAAAACAAAUUCAAUUCAGCUCAAUCGAAUUUGGUAUGCACAAGAAUGAGAUAAUGGCUCCGCCACACCUUUUAGAUCAGGAAAAUUUCAUGAAGUCAUAAUUUGAAUCCCUUUCUUUCUCACGAACUUUGCAUAUGUCCAUCUCAUUCUUUCGCAUUUUAAAUUCGAUUGAGCUAAAUUGAAUUUGGAGUGAUGUGAGAGAAUGUGAGCAAGAAAGAGAUUCGAAUUUCGACUGCAUAAAUUUUUCCUGAUCUAAAAGGUGUGCCGUAGCCAUAAACAUUUACAAAACGUGUGAACAAAAAUUGGAUGCGAAUUUUGACUUUAUGAAAAUAUCCUGAUCUAAAAGGUGUGCCGGAGCCAUUAUGGCACUGGUACACCUUUUAUAUUGGGAAAAUUUCAUGAAAACAAAAUUCGUCUAUCCCACUCUUUUGUACUCAACAUUCGAUUGAACUAAAUUUAAUUUGGUAUGACGUUUUAAAGAAGAAUAAGAAGACUGCGAAAGAGUGGAAUAGACAUAUGCAGAACCUUUGAUAAAGAAAGGGAUGUGAAUUUAGAUUUCAUGAAGUUUUCCUGAUCUAAAAGGAAUGCCAGAGCCAUUACUGAUUAUUUAAAAUUAUCGCUCUAGCACACCUUUUGGGCCAGGAAAAUUUCAUGAAAUCGAAAUUCACAUUUCUUUCUUAAACGUUUUUCACUCUACUCCGUGAUUUCGUAUUUGAAAUUAGAUUGAUUUAAAAGGUGUUCCAGAGCCGUUAGAUUUCCCAAUGAAGAAUUUUCCCUCUCAGUUUAGAAUCUUGAAUAUCGGUCGUGAUUGUGAUCAUCUUUAGUUGAAAUGUCCUUUUAAAAAAUUCUCCUUUGUAAUUUUUACAAACUUCUGUAGAUUCUACUUUUGGCAGAAUAUUGACAAGUGUUUAAGGUGUCAACAAAUUUUGAGAUAAUUAUAUUUAAAAGGAAAAAAACUACAUAGUAUGAAAAUAUUGAGAAUAUUUUACAUAUUACAAAAGAAAAAAAAGAAGCAUUAAAUAAAAAAAGGGAAGAAUGAGAAAAAAGAGAAUGCUAUUAAAUAAAGACUAAAAACUUAAAAACAAAUAUAGAAUGAAAGAGAAGAGAAGGAUUGAUAUUUUUUUCAAUUUUAUGAAAAAAAUGUUCCAAAGUUGCACUUUUUAACAAAAGAUUAAAAAAAAUAUUCUCAAAAAUAAAUAAUUAAAAAAAAACAAACUGAAGGAUUGUGCGCAACUCUCAAAAUGAAUUAUUACAUGAAAUAAAACAAAUAAAAAAAGAAACAGUGAGAGGAGGAAACAUUAGAAAAAAGAAACAUUAUUUGUAUUAAAAAUAUAUUAAAUGAAAGUGGAGAAGCAAGGAAAAAAAAGUGAGAAGAAAGGUGAAUAUACAAGACAAACUAAACUGAAGUAGAGACGGUAAAGUACGUUUAUUUGUAAAAAAAAAAACAAUCCCGACUGAUAACAACAAGAAUUAAGAAAAAUAUAUUUAAAAAAUAAAGUAAGAUGAUGAAAAUGACAGGAGACAAUUAUCUUGAAAAAAAAAUGAGAAGAGGAAGAAUUAAAAAAAAAAAGAGAUGAGAGAUCGAAGAAAGAACCUCUUUCGUAGUGAAAAUAAAUUUUAGUAUAAAUAAAAAAGAAAUGAUGAAAAAUGCACUGUAAGUGAAAAAAGUAGAAUAAGUAAUUUUAUUGCUGAUAAAAAAGCGGGGAAAGUAUUUAAAGAAAAAAAAAGUAAGUGGAUUUUUGUUUGAGUUUUUUUUUUCCAAAAAGAAAUUUUGUGGUGCGCAACGUAGUUUUUUUUUCUGAAGAAGAAUCUUCUUAUUUCUUUUAAGAGAAAAAAAUCUAGAUAUUUAAGAAAUUAGGGUCAUCUGCAAAAUUUAAAAAGAAACUAUAGAAAACUAGCAGAUGAAAAGUGAAUUAUUUAAAAAGAAAAUACUGUUAAAUUUAAAAAAUAAGAAAUUUAUUGAGUUUUUUUUUUGUUUAUUUCAAGCAAAAGAAAACUCAAUGAAGAGAAAAAUCCACAAGAAAAAAAAUUCCUCAAAAAAAAAGAUGGUGAGAAAUUUACAUUUUAAGAUUAAGGAAUAGUAAAAGAAAAAAGAAUGAUUAGAAAAAACACGCUAAAGAUGAAAAUAUAGUUUUUAAAAGAUAAGAGCAAAAAGGAAAAUGAUGGAAAAAAAUCGUAGAUGAUUAGACUUUUAAGUGGAAGAAUGGAAGAAGGAAGAGGAAAUCUUUAGGUAAUUUAAAAAAAAAAAUGAAGAAUGAAGGAAAGAAACUAGUUUUAGGAUUAAAUGAAAUCUUAGGGGUAAUAAGAAGUCUUUUCUUUUUUUUUGCGAUAAAAUAUUUAUAAGAUGUCUUCUUUCAUUUCUUCUGUGAGUCGAUAAGAAAGAAAAUAAGUAAUUUAUUUGUAAAAAGGAAUUUUAAAAAAAAAGAGAAAAUGAGAAAAAACUGAGACACGCUUCCGAUGAAACGCUCAAACUCUAUCAGUGAAUAGAUUGAACAUUGAAAUCUACCAUUUAACCUAUUUUUUUCUUGAUGUGUUUUCCGUAAAAAAAAAGAUCACAGAGAGAAAUUUCUAAAGUAAAUAAGAGGUUAUGUUGCAAAAUGACAUUUUAUUGGGGGCUGAAUUUAGGGUUACCUUAAAUAUUCACAAAGGAAAUUUUGAAUUGAAUUUAAAAAAAAAUAUAUAUACAAAAUUGUGAGCAAUAUUUCUGCAAUUAAAAUAUUUCUAGGUUAUGUUGCAUUGCAUCUAGGUUAUGUCGCAUAUCCUAACCUCAACAUUUACAAUACAAUCUCUUGUCUAUUAAAAUAUUUUUCACACAAAAAAGUUUAGAAAUUGACAACGGUCUAAGUUCAAUGUAAAUUUUUCUGAAAUAACAUAACCGUAAUUGAAAAAAAAUCAAAAGAAAAUAAUUUUUUUUUUUAAGAAUUUGUUCCUUUUUUUAUAAAUAAGCAAACUUUCGACAAACAAGAUUGUAAAUGUUUGUCAUAAGUUUGACAAUUUACAAUUUUUCAUACUUUUCUCAUGCUUUUUUUUCUUGAAAAUCUUGAAUUUAAUUGUUGAGUUCGGGGUUGAUCCCAAGACGUCCUUUGGCAAGAUUCUGAAUUUGAUUCAGCCACCUUGUCCUAGGUCUUUCCCGAGGUCUCUAACCAUUAAUUUUUUUUAUAGGUGAUUGAUUCUGAGACAAAUAUGUAGAUUUUUAAAUCGUUUCAAAACAAAAAUUCAUUUGAAAAAUCAUAAUGAUUUUGAGUUUUCUUAUUUAGUUGAGAAGUCGACAAUACUGACCAGACCAUAAUCUUAAAAAAAAAUUGAUAGGACGAAACUUUAAAAAAUAUAAACAAAUUAUAAGGUGUGUCCGCAAAAUAAUUUCUCAAAAGGUACAAAAUCGUAAGACCUAGAUAAUCUAUUUGGAUGAAAAAUUAAAAAAAAUGUUAGGUUAUGCAUAACAUAACCUAGCAAAAAACCGAAAUUUAAAAAAAUCUCAAAAUAUUAACUGUUCUUUUCACAUUUUGUACUAAUUUUCUCAUUUAGUAAAAUGGUUUUGAGGUUAGCAAAGAGAAUUUAGGGUUAUUUAUUACCUUACCUAGAAGACUAAUGUCUUGUUACAAUACUAAAUUUUUAAGUACAAUAUACCGAGCCCUCUUUGUGUUAUAAAUUCUAAAAUUUAUAAAACGUUUGUUUCUUAAUUUAACAAGAACUUAAAGACCAUUAAAUAUGGGCCGAAUUUUUUAAUUCAUUGAGGAUAGAAUUUGAUAUAAGUAGGUUUGGAGACAACAUUAAUAAAGUUAUUUGUGGAUAAUUCAUCCUCAAAACGGUACAUUUAACGAUUUUGCUAUAUAAAAGUAAGCAGCUUGAAUGUUUGAGGUUAGACUGGAUAAUAACCUAAAAUUUUUCACAUUAACCUUCAAGAAAUACUUUUUUCUUAUUUGAGAAACAAAUAACAGAUUCGAAACGUUGGCCAAUAAGAACUAAUUUAAUAAUGAGAUAUCAAAGAUGGAUAUUCCAAAUUAGACAUCGUACAAAUAACAGGGGUGGAAUAAUAACUUUUCGACACUAUUGAAUCGAUAGUGUCGAUAAAUCUAUAUCUGUUAGGUUAAGUGCAUAUUGACCUUUUACGCAUUAUUGGGCUACUCAUUGUGACAUUCUUAAAAGAAAGAGAUCGUUGAUAAACAUAUAUAUCGCUCCUUGGAAAUUACAAGGGGUCAACUUACUUUUUUUGCGAUUUUGAGAUUCUAAUACACUUAGAAAGACAAUUUAAUAAAUUUUCAGAUGAUAUAAGUAAUUAAAUUUCGUUAUUAGAAAAGCUUUUCAAAAUUUUAAUCUUUUUGAUAACUUGCAUAAUUUUGUUUGAAGUAAAGGGGCACAAAAUAUAUUCAUCGUUCAAAUCAGGGGCAUGACGUUUCCUAUUUUUCCCAUAUGUUUCUAGCGUGCCGAAAAAACUUUGGAGUUUAUUCGGUGUUUUCUGUCAUUGUGGAAUGAAUUAGCAAAAAAUACAAUUACAAAAUAAAAGCCAAUUUAAUAUGGAAUGGGCAACCGAAAACCCCAAAUUGGCGACCUACGUAGUUUCGGAGAUAUCUCAUGAAAUGUGUACGAAAACAGGAAAAAAUUUACACUAAAACUGGUCGCAUUUUUCAGAGCUAAUGUCACCUCCCUGAUUCAAAUUUUUAUGACACAGGGGACUAACUAAAGCAAGUUGAUCCCGUGUCAUUCUAAUUUCUUGAAAAUUUGCGCAUCAUUUAGAACGACAAGGAGCUAACUCAUAAGAAAAACAUAUUUUGAAAGGUAAAAAUAUGAAAGUUUGAUGUUUAUAUUAGUGUGCUCAUACAAAUAGAAAAGAAAUAAAUUGUCUUUGUUCAGUCAUUAAAUUAAGAUACUUAUUUACACAAAGUUGAAUCUUUCAUGCUGUCUCCUAAAAAAUGGCCGAAAAUUGGUUGGCCCCUUGUAAUUUCCAAGGAGCGAUAUUAUCUACAGGAAGUGGAGCCAUCAUUUGAUUUUUGCAGAAUCGAUAGUCGAUAGUAUCGAAAAUAAGUUAUCAUAUCACCCCAGAUCUUUUUAAUCUUGUUUAUUCGAGAAGAAAAGUAAUCAAACCUUAAGGCCCCUUAGGUCUUUUGUACACUGCACUGGGAGGAUUUUUUGUAAAAAAAAAAUUAAAGAAAAUUUCUCAAAUUUAAAAAGGGAAAUUUUUGCCGAAUAUUGCUUCCAAUAUGUAGAGCCCAAUACGUUUUAAUUUAAUUCAAUCUACAGUCAAGUUCCUCAAACUCGAACGAUACAAUGCUUGAAUUCAAAAUGCUUUUUGAGGUUAUGUCAACAGAAUCAAGUUUAAAAUUCAAUGACGAAAUAAAAACCAUUCUUCCUCGCUGCUUUCUGUGGAUAAUAUCUUAUAUUUACCGAAAGUGCAGUGGACUGUGACCGCCUCCUGUUCGUAAGCUUUUUUUUACUUCUAGAACUUAAGGAUGGCCUUUACCGAUCCGAUCUACCAUGUCUGACCGGUGAGAACCGUUCUUGAACAUUAGAAUUAAAGAAAAGCUUAAGAAGAGAAGGGUGUCAAAGUUACUUAUCGAUGACAGUCACCCGGAUCUACGGUAUAUUGAAUAAAAAGAGGAAUUUGAACAUUUUGGAAUUUUAGGUUAUGUUAAAAAUGUCUUUUUUGGUUAUGACGCUUUUAAUAAAAUGUUAUUUGACAGCAUAACCUCUUGUUUUUUUUUUAUGAAAAUGUCUCAAUAAUGUCCAACGCACAAUAACUUUUGUUUUGUAAACACGUUUUUAUCAUUUCAAUGAGAGUGAAUGAAACAGAGAUCUAGUUAUCUCGUUUUCUCUCAUAGGAAAUUUUGAAAACGUAUUUACAAACAAAAGUUAUUGUGCGUUGAGCAUAAGUGUUAUUUUUUGAUGAAUUUAUGAUUAAUUCUUUUCAAAAUGUAACAUGAAUAAGAUAAAAAAAAAUGAAAAAAAAACAAAUCACUAACCUUAAGAGUUUGAAACUUCCAUUGUGAAGAAUGUGCGCGGGCUUCCACCUUGUGUUUACCCAUUGAUUUCUUCCUUUACAAAACAGAAAGAUAACAUAAAAACUCCAAUUGCAAAAGAAAACUUUACAAAAUAUAGAGAGAAAUUAAAUUUAAUGAAAAACAAUCUUUCUGGUUCUGUAAAAAAAAUGGUGUUAGAGGCCCAUAGUAUUAAAUUUUAGGAGAAAAAAAAAUAGUUUUUAAGGAAUUAAAAAUCUUUCAAGUUUUUUUUUUGUCAAAGAAUUUCCGUUUUUUUCCUUCUCUUGAGAGUUAAGUAAAAAAAAAACUACCGCCUAGUCGUAAGAAAUGAAAGAGAAAAGAUGAUGAAACACGUAAAUUUUAAGGAUGAAAAAAAAUGAAGAAGAGAGAAGAAAACCGAUAAAAAUCACUGAUUCCAGUGACUAAAAAAAAAAUAUAGAAAUUGAAAUGAAGAAAUUGAUAGUGCGUAGAAAUUAGUUGAUAAAAGGAAUAAAAAAAAACAUGCUGUAGUUUUAUAAAAUCUAGACAUUAGUUGAAGUAGAAAUGUAGAUUUUAUUACUAUUAAAUUACCAUUAAAACAACAAAAAAAAAGAAAGGAAAAAAAGAAUGAGAAAAAUUAGAUAAAACACAGAAUACACUACUAGAAUUUUUAUUGCUGACACACACCAGAAAAAAAUGUUAAAAGAUCUUUUUUCACCCUCUUCUCAUCCACAAGAGGAGUAGCUUAAAAAAAAGAAGUUCGUGUGGAAAGAGGGGAAAAUUUUCUUUCAAUGCAAGAAAAAAUAAAAUCCAAUGAAAAAAAAAUAAAAAUUCACAGUAGUGUUAAAUUAUUUUUUCUAUCAUAAGUGAAGAGAGAAGAAGAAAAAAAGCUCAGAAGUUAAGAGAUUUUUAGCAUUAGAUUUUAAAAGAAUUAAAAGAAUGAGAGAAAUGUUGCAAGAUUUCUUUGAAUAGUGUUCUUUAAAAAAAAACAACAAGUGAAAGCGUCGAUACACACAAAAAAAAACUACACACACUUGUAAAAAACAAGAAGUAGAUGGAGACGAUGAAGUCUCUCAAAAGAUUGAAGAGAUGAGCAAGAACAACUUUUUAAAUUAGCUAUGUAAUUAGUUAGGUUUAAAAUUUAAAUUGAAUUUUAGUCAUUCUAAAGAAGAAAAACUGAGAGAAAGAGAAAUAAAGUAAUUGAAGGAAAAA